AUGUCUGCAUCCGAAGAUCUCGCACAAUGGAUGUCACAGUUUCAGAGUGAACUCGAUGACCCAUCGUAUCAAAUAAUUUAUGGAAGACUUACAGACAAUCAUUUCAAAACAAGAACUCAACUCAAGCUAAUUUUUGCGAAAGAAGUCGAUAUCAUGUUCAGUGCUGGGGAGCUACCUUUGGGUGCAAAAGCGCUAUUGCUUUACCAGUUGGACAAGCUAAGAAAUGAGUCGCCUCUUCCUUUGUGUCGGAAACGGACAAGAAUAAAUGAAAGCGAAAAUUCAAAAGGUAUUGAUGGAUUUGAUGAGUGCGACGCCGAUGAAGAAAAUUCACUACAGCCACCGAUCCAUACACCGACCGCACGCAAAGUAAGUUUGAAAAAUUAUACUCUUUCUAAAAUAGACGUUUAUCAGUUUACCUUGUAAUAUGUGGUAUGAUGACAAAAUAUUUUAUUGAUUUUACGCCGUUAUGCACGUCAGAAAAGUGAUAAUACAUGCGACGCGAUUUUCGUGAAGCAUGAAUAGUUUCAUGCUGUUUUGGCAUUUUGCAAAGCGGCAAAAAAUGACAUUUCUGUAUUCUUACAUUCAGGCAGUUUUACCAGCUUUUGAUGAGCAAGUGAAUAAGUUAAAAGAGCAACUAAAUAGAGAGAGGGAUGAGCACAGAGAAAUUGAAAUAACAAUAGAAUCUAUGGCGGAAAAUGUCAAGGAAAAACCUGUGGUUGGAACUUCACGAAUAAUCUGCAGUAAUUGCCAUACGAGAGGUCAUAGAAAUCAACAAAACAAGCCUUGCCGUUUGCCAAAGUGUGUCGACUAUACUUCUUGUGGAAUGAAGGAUAAACAUCCUGAAUAUUUCUCGCGGUUGAACCGUCUAAAAAGUGAUUUAAGGAGAAAGGCUAACACAGUCAAGGAAUUAGAAUCACAAAUACAGACAAUGGAAGAUUUCACCUCAAAUAGUGAAUAUCACUUUAUCAAAAACUUAACACCGCGACUUUAUAAAGUAGACCACAGUUACAAGUUGAACAAACCAAAACUUAUGCGAGAUAUUCGUAUGUUACGCAAAUGCACGGAUGGUAAGAUUCCCCCCGUUACUGCAAAUGAUUCCGAACAACUGCGUAUACUACUUAACAAAUGCAGAAAGAAUUUCAACUUGGAUAUAGAUGCUCCCAAUAUAUUUACAGACAGAGACAGUAAGCCGAAAAUGAAAGCAGACGAACUGACAGUCAUGCCUAUUAAUAAUAAUUCUCCCGUAAAAAACACCUAUGUUCAGUCUGAAGAAUGCAGUUCUUUACCGCCAGCUGAAGGAAAACGCAAGAAAGAUAAAAAGCGACAUAAAAAGCACAAGACAAAAAGACGUCGAAGGCGAAGGUAUUCAUCUAGUUCCAGUUCCGACAGUAAUGCAGAUUUUCUCGAUAACUCUAAACGACCUGCGUAUUUUGAUAGCUUUACCUGUAAUAAUUAUUCCUCAAGGUUCCCGCCAUAUAGACUUUGUGGUACAAAUAACAUUGCAGGGUUUAGUUACAUGCCAGGAUACUUUCCUGCACCUCCGAAUUCGGCAACACCCUACCCUAUGCAAGGCUAUCUCCCCACUUCGCAAUUUAACAUGCCACAGGCCCCAUCUCCGAUAUUCGAAAACAGGGAUAAAACUACGUAUCCUCAACAUGGUUUGCAUCACGACUACGAUACAGAAUUGCCGGUCCACACAUGUACCAACCCACGAAUAGCAAAUUCAAUUACUGAUACAAGUACAACAACAGUAAAUCUUAAUGUUAAUUCGCCAGACAAAUGGUCGGGAUUAGAUACACUUGUCGAAGUGGCGAACGAUAUUCAGACUUGA